AUUCUGGGGCUGGAUCACCUGCCUGCUAACAAGGGCCCCCAUCACUGCGGGCAGGUGGAAUCUUCUGGCCCCUGGCAGGCUGUAGUGGUGCAAUUGUUAAAACGUGCAUAGGCAGUGAACUGGCAUGGAAUACCACUGGGACAGGGAGUGGUGGUGAAAAGUCUCAGGUACCCGAGAGGCUGGGGGAGCAGUCGUAAGGACUGUGGAAGCCCAUGGCCUUUCUCGGGGGCAGUCACAUUGGAGAAAGACAGUGAAAGGCUCUGGGUGAUGAGUCACCACUCCAAGGCUCAGUAUAAAAGCCAGAGGAUCUCCUUGGCAGCCAUGCAAAGAAACUGAACACAGGGAAAACGAGACGAUCAGGUUCCAGAAUUAAUAAGAGUAGCAGGGCCCCAGAGGCUGACCUCUUGACCUUAGUGAGUCGGCUGUGCCAAGGAGGAUCCUGAUUGGGGAGAGUGGGAUUCUGAGACAUCUGAGACUAUCCGGGUCGCUGCCCUCAAAAGUCUCGAAGGGCCAGGUUCUCCCUGAGCCUUCUGGACCCUCACAGGUCUGGCCCCUCUGGCUUCUUAGAGGUUAGUGCUCUGCCUUUGCUCGGAGAAGGAGCUGCAGGUUUUCGCCAAUGGUGCCGCCAGGAGCUGGGCAGCCUGGAAAAAGUGACCCAGAGCACUCAUCCCCGAGCUGGCAGGACGGCUGAUGGCUCGUAGCUGCGUUCUCCUGCAGGAAUUACCUUCAGCUGAAGGAAGCUGGCUCGACCAAAGUCAAGGCAGGGCAACAGGGCCUGUUGUUCAGAUGAAUUCGAUUACAGCCCUGGUGGGAGGACGCCGCAGUGUCGGGAGGUGGCUGGCUGGUCUGAAAUGCCUCAGCGGAUUAUCACUAGACAAAGCUGGGACCAGGGACAAAUGCUGCUGCUCCUGAUGUCGACAUUUUGAUGUUUCUCUUCAUUUCACUGCAGAGGGUGAGGGCUGAGGCUGCCUGAAAAGCUCCCAGUGACACCAUCUUGCAUCCGAAGGACCAGAAAGUCCCCCUCUGGGCAGGUGCUGGGGGGCUCUCCACUGUCGCGGAGUCCAGGGCACCCAAAGCCGGGGCCAGCGGGCCGUGCGUGGGCUCUCUUCCGGAGGCCUUCCACCGGGCCUUCUCUCCGUGGGGCCUUCCCAAGCCGGGGCACCCAGACGUGGCGCUGGCAGCUGGGAUGUCCACACAGAGCGUUCACUACCUGAGGCCCGUGGCCCUGCGCCUGCCGCCUGGGAUCCUAGAGACCCCAAGCUGCCAGCGGCGCCACACACUCCCCGCCAGCGAGUUUCGCUGCCUUACCCAACAGGAUGCUGCCAGCGUGUUUGAGAUUGAGCGCGAAGCCUUCAUCUCUGUCUCGGGCAUGUGCCCCCUGCAUCUGGACGAGAUCCGGAACUUCCUGACCCUGUGUCCAGAGCUGUCCCUGGGCUGGUUCCAGGAGGGCCGCCUUGUAGCCUUCAUCAUCGGUUCACUUUGGGACGAGGAGAGACUCACUCAGGAGUCACUGACAUUGCACAGGCCCGGGGGCCACAUGGCCCACCUGCACGUGCUCGCUGUGCACCGCACCUUCCGGCAGCAGGGCAGGGGUUCCAGCCUGCUGUGGCGUUACCUGUACCACCUGGGUGGCCAGCCAGCUGUGCACCGGGCUGUGCUCAUGUGUGAGGACGCUCUGGUGCCCUUCUACGAGAGGUUCGGCUUCCACCGGGUGGGCCCAUGCUCUGUUACUGUGGGCCCACUGGCCUUCACGGAGCUGCAGUGCUCCCUGCGGGGCCACGCUUCCAUGAGCAGGAACAGCUGCUGAGCUGGCCGGCCACAGCAGUGCAGGUGUGGCUCCCACCCAGCCCUGGGGUCUCCUGGUUGGUCUAAGCUGAGUGUGAAUGGAGGAUUCCCAA